AUGGCGUUCAAUGCGAACAGUUCAACCUACCCUGUAUGGCGAAAUGUGGUUUCGUAUGGCGCAGACCCGACUGGGGCGCUGGACAGUACCGCUGCUAUCAAUAAAGCUAUUUCGGAUGGAUUCCGGUGCGGUUCUGGAUGCAACUCCUCCUCCGUGACGGGCGCUCUCGUGUACUUCCCUCCUGGAAAGUACCUGGUGAGCUCGUCGAUCGUGGCAAUGUACAAUACCCAGCUCGUUGGCGAUCCGACCGAUCCGCCCACCAUUCUGGCUGCCAGUAGCUUUGUUGGCCUGGGUGUUAUCUCGUCUGACGUGUACAUCGACGGUGGCAACGGUGCCGAAUGGUAUAUCAACCAGAAUAACUUCUUCCGCCAGGUCCGCAACUUCAUCAUCGAUAUCCGCAAGGCCACGGUCGAGUACCCGGCUGGUUUACACUGGCAAGUGGCUCAAGCGCCCAGCUUGCAGAAUAUACAAUUCCUCCAGAAUACAGGAACCCAGCAGGGUAUCUUUGCAGAAAACGGCAGUGGUGGCUUCAUGUCCGAUCUCGUCUUUACGGGAGGAAACUUUGGGAUGUACGGUGGGAAUCAACAGUUCACCGUCCGCAAUCUCAAAUUUACUGGGUGUACAACCGCCAUAGGCCUCAUCUGGGACUGGGGUUGGACAUGGAAAGGCCUGGAUAUCGAGAACUGCGGAACUGGUAUCAAUAUGAUCGGUUCAGGAGGUGCCCGAAAUACCGGUUCGGUGUACAUCCUCGACUCAACCUUCACUAACACCAACGUGGCGUUGCUUUCCACCGUGCCAAUCGAUGAGGCGGCGCAGGGCACCACCGAUAUUACUUUGGACAAUGUCCAGAUGAACGGUACCCCCGUUGCCGUCCAGACCUCAGAUGGCAGCACUCUCCUCGCUGGUGGAUCUACCUUGAUCAGCUUCUGGGCCGUGGGCCGGAUCUACAACUCGAAUAACCCAAACGGAGCCUAUAUUAAAGGCUCUAAUGUGACCCCUCUCCGUCCUAAUACCGCGCAGCUUCGCGGAAAUGACGGGGGAUACUUUGCAGCCUCGAAGCCCCAGUAUGAGAGCUAUACUGCAGCCGAGGUGGUGAAUGUGAAGACCUAUGCCGGAGCUGCUGGUGAUGGUUCAACGGACGACACCCAUGCUAUCCAGAGUACUCUGGAUGAUUAUAAGAACCAAGACGUUAUCAUCUUCUUUUCAGCCGGUACGUAUAUAGUGACUGAUACUGUUGUCAUACCCGAAGGUGCAAAGAUUGUUGGGGAGGUAUGGAGUCAAAUCAUGGCUUCUGGGGAUAACUUCGGGGAUAUGACGUCGCCCCGGGUGAUGGUACAGGUUGGUAACGUGGGAGAUGUUGGAUCGGUGGAGAUCCAGGAUAUGCUCUUCACUACCAAGGGUGGCACGGCUGGCGCUGUGCUUAUGGAGUGGAAUAUCCAGGCAUCUUCUCCUGGUAGCGCAGCCAUGUGGGAUUCUCAUUUCCGAGUUGGCGGAGCCUUGGGAAACGAACUGCAGGUGUCCCAGUGUCCCACCAAAUCCACGCUGAAUAUCAAUUCCGGCUGUAUUGCGGCUUCCAUGCUUCUGCAUUUGACUUCGUCAUCUUCAGCGUACCUGGAAAAUGUAUGGGCUUGGACAGCGGACCAUGACAUGGACGAUCCAGCUAACACGAUGGUCGAUGUUUAUUCUGCACGAGGCAUACUGAUCGAAAGUAAGGGCCCAACGUGGCUGUAUGGGACUGCGUCCGAGCACAAUGUGCUCUAUCAGUACGAGCUCUAUGAAGCGGAGAACAUCUUCAUGGGGAUGAUCCAAACUGAGAGUCCCUACUAUCCUCCUGUCCCCUCUGCACCCGCUCCGUUUGAUGAUGCUGUCGGCGUGUUCAACGCAGACCCCAACUUCACCAACUGCAACUCAAAUGAUGAGAACAGCUGUGCAGUCUCGUGGGCUCUUCGGAUGGUCUCCUCCUCCAACGUGCAGAUCGCUGGCGCAGGGCUGUACAGCUGGUAUCAGGACCAUGAUCCGGCGGAGGCUUGUGUGGAUGCACAAAACUGCCAGCAACGAUUGGUAUCCACGUACCUCAGCAGUGAUACUUGGCUCUACAAUCUCAUUACAAUCGGCGCAACCGAGAUGGUCAGUCCGUACGGAACUAACUACUUCCCAGCGCUGGCGGCCGAAAACACCGACGCUACAGGUCAUCCGUACUGGUCAACAAUAAACGCAUGGCUGUUGCUCGCAGACGGCGCAAAUGGUAGUGAAACACCUCAGCCCAGCCAGACCAUCACGUUGGCCAACUGGUGGUGGGGAUUGAGUACUCCGAGUGCCUCGUGUUGGUUCCCCUGCGUCAUUGUCCUGCCGCCAGUGACACUUCCUCCCAUGCAGGCGCCUGUCAUCACCUCCCUGAUUGAAGGCGUCCCGAAGACCAUCACGCCACCAGCGGCAGAAACACCGACCCUCACAGUGGAUCCUAUCACCAUCUCUGGAACUCCAUCCAUCUCGAACGCACCUACCAGCACCAGUGUGACCAUUCAGUUCAAUCACUCUGCCAUCAUCUUACCGCCCUUCGAAUACACGGAUGAUGAUGAUGGCACCACGCAAAAUAUCUCUGGCAUUAUCAUCCCCCUGCCCAUCAAAGGACCUCCCCCGCGGUCUAACUCGGAUGAUGAAAGCAGCCCGGGCAGCAGUUCGUCCAACUGCUGGUUCCUAUGUGACUGGCCCCCGAAGAUCCCCAGCAUCAGUAUCAGCAACAGCUCCCCGUGGCCCAAGCUGGACACUCCUCAGCCACCGGGCCUGGACAAUAACAACGACGACGAGGAGGGCGAUGGUAGUGAUGGUGGCAGUUGUACGGCGAUCCCAACCAUAGCCAUCGCAACUGACGGCAUCUCCUUCAGUGGCACUGGCAGCGCAUGGGCCUCGUCCUAUCCAACUGUCACCAACGAUCCCGUGUUCGGCGCCGGCGUGCCCGUCGCUGUCGGAGGCACAUACACGCCGACCUCCCAGUAUAGCAUCGCAACGAACCCGGGUACCUCGAGCAGCAUUGCUGCAAUAACCAGUCCAGCGACAAGCCGUCCGUGGCCUAGCGUCAGCCACUCUCUGAGCAUCUCUUCCAUUACCAAUGUCUCCAAGAGCAUUAGGCAGUGA